UACUUUUUAGUAUAUGACAAAAUUGACCGAGUUUAAGCUUUACACUUUGAAGUCAUAAAGAAUAUUCAAACGGUGGAACCGUGGAAGAACAUGUUCUAAAUUUUUUUUGUUGAUGUGUAAUAGACUAGUAGUGUAAGGAAAAGUCUAUGAUGAAGCAGAUUCCAACACUUUGCGUAAUACAUUUUAACACUUCCAUUAUAAACACACACAAAUACUACCGUUGGACACGUAUUGGUUGAGAAAGAGGUGAAGAUCCACAAAAAUUAUAUGGGGGAAGAGAGCUCAAUUAAGCUAUAUGGAAUGUGGGCAAGUCCUUUUGUGUUAAGACCCAAACUUGCCCUCAAAAUUAAGGGCAUAGAGUAUGAAUAUAUAGAGGAAGAUCUUGCCAACAAAAGUGAGCUGCUUUUGCAAUAUAACCCGUUGUACAAGCAAGUGCCUGUCUUUGUGCAUAAUGGCCUCCCAAUUGUAGAAUCAUUUGUCAUUGUUGAAUAUAUUGAUGAAACUUGGACUGAUCCUCCACAUCUUCUGCCUAAAGAUCCCUACCUGAGGGCCAAGCAUCGUUUUUGGGUAGCCUAUUUCGAACAAGUCUUGCUGUUUUUGGGAAAAACACUAACAGAAGGCAAAGCGAACGAGGAGCAGCUUAACGAGUACUUGAAGAAGCUGGAUGUGGCUGAAGAAUUAUUAACGAAAGAGAUGUUCCUAAAUGGUGCUCCAUCUUUCCAGGAUAUGAAACUUGGAUACUUGGAUAUAGUGUUUUAUUCUUGUUUUGAUAUGUCCGAUGUUCUGGAAGACUGCUUUGGUAUUAAGCUUUUAACCUCAGAAAGGUAUCCACUGUUAACAUCUUGGCUCAACGCACUGAGGGAAGUUCCUGAAGUUAAAGAACUAACACCGCCGAAGCCUAAGAUGCUUCAACAUCUUCAAGUUGUGCUGCAGAAGUACCUCCCACCAAAGCAGGCGUAAAUGAUCAUCAAUUUUCACAAGGAAUUGUCGAAUUUUGGGGACUGUUGUUUUGAUUUAAGGAAUAAUUAAGUACAUGGGUCCGUCGAUGCUGUAGUAACUAGUAUGUAGAUUGUGUGUACUUACCACAUACUUCCACUGUUUAUAGAAAUAAUUGCACCAUUUCUAA